CCUUGAGUGAAAGAUUCUUGGCGGAGGGAAGUCUCCCAGGCAGGCUGGUGCCAUAGACUGGCUCAGACCGAGGCUCUGCGAGUUUGUGUGCCGAGGCGCACGGCGGGACUUUGCUCCCCCUGACCAUCUGGGUGGCCGAGCGACAGUCGACACUGGCAUGUGCACUUCCCUUCGGUAGGAAUUCGGCGAGAGUGUGGAGAAGCAGCAGCUACCAACAUGCCACCACUACGAGAGUUGUACUACGAGGACAAACAUGAUUUCAGGUCGGCCCUGACGAAGCUGUUGUGCGGGUUGUACGCUCUCCUGCUGGUGGUCUUUGGCGGAGUCUUCGCCGUGGCCAACGCCCUCACCGUCCAGGAACGCCAACACCUGUACUACCUGGAGGUCUUCCUAUUAUACCUGUAUUUUGGAUCUCUGGCUACACUUCUGUACUUCCAGUUCUGCAUCCUGCGAGGCAGACAGGUGCGCAAUGCCGUAGACAACAGCAUCCGCGUCGUCAUACGCCGCAGCGAGGACAACCUGCAGUUGUCGCCCUGCCCGAGCCGGAAGGACAACGCGGUGCCCACCACGCCCACCACCUUGGGUAGCCCGCUGCGGGACCUGGAGGAAGGUGAUGUUGGACUGGAGUCGCGCAAGGAACCACUGGACCAGAUGUCCACGCUGUCCAACACCUCCUCCCCCUCGCACCUCGUGCUGCCCCCUGACGGUCAUGGCCACGUUGGGGAAGGAAUCAAUUUUUAUCUCCGCCUUGGGGCGCUUGCCUUCAGCAUUGGCAGCGUGACUUUGGACGGCUUUCACAUCGCCUCCUACUUCGAGACAGAGAACACGACCACGUGCGAGUCGCACAUCUUCACUCUCGUCUACGUCGUCCACCUGAUCUUCACCUUCGUCCAAACCUUCUUCCUCUUCAAGAACCAUAAGCUUGUCAUCGACAAAAACAAGGCGUCGGUGCGCUUUGGUCUGAUGCAUCUGCUGGCCACCAACCUGUGUGUGUGGUUCGUCACGGCCGUGACGGAAACAGCCGAGGACUACCGACAGCAGGACUACUUUGCCUCUCGGAACGUGUCCAACCCUCCCUUGUUGAAGAGCUGCUACGAGGACAUGACCCUCGCUCGCACGGCCUCGCCCUACCUGUUCCCUUGCACCAUCAUCUACAGCAUCAUCGCCGCCGGCAUCGUCUACCGCAUGUACACCUACGUUGGGGUCAAGGUCAAACAGAGGUGGCCCAGUCACACGUCACUCACCUCAUCUGUCCCUCAUGGUGUUGUCUCCAUGGACUGUGAAAAAGCGAACAAAGGGCUGUUUACCGGCCUGCUGGUUGCCGUGAUUACUCUCAUCGCCAUAGCAACCUUCUUCGUCUUCGACUCGAGACUGAACUACCCGUACACCGCCAUCAAAGUAACUUUCGUCAUGGAGAUCUCGCUGCUGGUGCUGACGGGUGGCUGCAUCAUCGUGGGGCGGGUGCGCUUUCAGCAGCUGCUGUUCCUGGAGAACUACCUGUCGUUGGACUCGGUGUUGCUGCUGGUGUCCCUGGCCGGCGCCUACGUGUACCUCAGCUUUAUGCUCAUCUCCUCCGCCUCCACCCUGGCAUCACACGGCAUCACCAGCAUCCUCUCCCUGGUCACCAUCGCUGUGGGGCUCGUGCAGUCCACCCUGCAGGCCAUCUUUGUCUUGGAUGGCCUCUGUCGACGCGCCGAGAAUGAUGCACAGGUGGAAAGCAAGCCUGGCAGAGCUGUGGUGACAUUCCUGCUGGUGUGUAACCUCGCUCUGUGGGUUGUCACACUCUUCGAGAUUCGCAAGACAAUGGUGGUGCCGUUCCACCAAAGUUUCUAUGGCAUCCUGCCGUGGAACAUCAUCCUUCACCUGUGUGUCCCACUGUACAUCUAUUUCCGGUUCCACUCCGCUAUCUGUCUCUCCAAGAUCUGGUACAACGCCUAUACCAAAGAGAAAAUUGUGUAAGAUGGGUAAAGGCAACAAGUGCCUUGGAGUCAGGGUGCAAACCAAGUAUCAUGCUUGACUUGGCAUCAGCCUUCCAUAAGAAGUAUGAUGUUUGGGUACAGCACAGGCAGCUCAAUGGCAGGGUGUCAAACAGCUCUAACUUCUGCAACAUCUGUGUGAGCGAACUUGCCAUCAUUCAGAUAACUCUGAGAUGUUGCUUGGCAGGUGGGUCAAAGAACACCUAAUCAGAACUGGAGCUUAGGUUCUUGUGGAGUUUUGAUCCACAAAUGUUUAUGCUUUUGUCUAGGAAAACUGCUUUUAAUGCCUUAAUACCAGCAUGCAUCAUUCUCAGAGGUAGAAUGCUACAGACAGAAGAUUACAGCAAGACUAUGAAGAUGGCAACAGCUGCUUACAACAGAUGAUUGCAGGAUUAACUGGCUUUAAUCUUCUGUAAAAGUAGAUGACCUCAAUGAAAAAUGAAUAUGAAUGUGUGUUCGUGUUUUGUGCAUAUUUAAAAUAGAUGUGGUUUUCUCCAUCCAGGCUAGACAGUGCACAUUUAGCUGUUCAUUUAGAGAAUAUUUCUGCUGUAAUCUUUUCAGCUUCUGCAAGAACCGACACACAAUAAGAAAGAAAAGUUAUUGCUUCUUGUUAAUUCUUUAAAAUCAACUUUGAAAUCGUAACAAAAGAUAAACUGAAACUGUAGUCACAGCAAUGUCUGUACAGAUACUGUUCUUCUCUAUUCCAUUUUUUCCAGGCUAUCUUAAGGUCAGGGUGGUAGCACCAAUAACUUUAAUUCAUGUUUCUCCAUAGUAAAGCCACCGAUCUAUUCCUUCAAUAUUGUACUAUAAUUUCAAUACCAGAGCCAAAAACGUAGCUGGUUUUUUUUCUCCAGUAAAGCUGUAACUAGUUCAAAUUAUGAACACAUUUCAUCAAAAGUAUGAAACCGUUGACCAUUUCUUUAAUAAUGGACAAGACAGAUAAGACUCUGAAAUGGUUGUUUAGUUCCACUUCAAUUUCAGUAUUUAAUAGUUGUGUCAAACUUCUUGACAUUCACACCAGUGUAUGAGCUCCUUCACUUCUCUCAAGUCAUAAUAUGUUGCGUUUUACAGUUUCUGGAUACCUGUCAUACAUCAUUAUUUUUGUUUGGUUUCUCAUAUCAUUUUGAUGAAAUGUUUACUGCUUUUUACCUGAAAUAUUGGCUCAGCUUGAGGUAAUGAAGUCAGCAAAUAAUCAGCAUGAACAUCACUCAAAUCACAGCAUUGACUCAAACCUACAAGGCCAGCAUUUGGAAAUCAAGUGACUCAUACAUCUACAUGCUGCUUAACCUAUUAACUUUUUAAGUCUGUUUUCAAUGUGUCGUGUUCUUGGCAUUUUUCAAGAGUUGUUUGGUUUUUGAGUAUUAUCCUUGCUUUCGAAAUGUUCAUUAGAUUAAAAGCUCCAAUUCCUGAUUACCAUAAAACAAGGACAUGAAUCUCACAAGCAAAAUGAAUCAGGGAAUGUAAAUGGCAUUUUUAAAUUAAAUUUGUGCAAUCCCAAACCCUUUUUUGAAAGUUUUUUGGAGGCAGCAAAUUUUACCACGAUUUUGGGUGCUUAUUUUUAAAUUUUAAUUAACCUUUUCUUUUGCAGUGGAUGUGCAUGUCUGUGCAUUUUGGAGAGUGCAUGUGUGCUUGUUUGCAUGAGGGGGGAAAAAGAACACCAUACUUCCUCCUGACCAAAAAAAAAGAUGACCACUGUGUGAUUUUGAAAAGCAUGAAGUCAAUAUCACUUUUGAAUUUUACCUUUACAAAUGUCAAGCCAUUCAGGUCACAUUUUAAAAGUAAAUUAGUACAAAGUUGCUGUUUGAUAUGGUGUGUGGCUUACCUAGUUUUCUGUGCCUGACGGUGGUUUUUGUCUGUACAUACUCUUUCUGACUGCAUCUGAAAAUAGAAGUUUAGACUUUUGCAUGCAUUUUAACAGCAUGAGUAUGAACAUGUAUAGAUUCUUAUUCUUAGCUGGCCAGGUUUUAUGUGUCUCUGUAUGAUACUAGUUCUAGUCCUUAUUAAUAUUCCGUUUCUAGUUUGUACAGAUCAGCAUAGACAUUUUGAGGAAAGCACAGCAUGGUUUUGUUCACAAAAACUGCUUUGAAAUGCUAAUUUAUGCAGCACUUAUGGUACCUGUAUAAAACAUACUAACAGAUAUCUGCUAUAUCUUUGUUAGAGCAGCAUACAAGUCAAACACCAAAAAUGUAUGAAAGGAUUAACACUAAUUAACACAAUUCUAUUCAUAUGUAUGUUAUCCAAAGUGAAGUGUUUAUAAGAUCAUACACAAUAUUAUACACAACUUGCUCAAAUGGUAUUACCAAGAUCUUGCUUUUCUUCAGCUUGUAUUAACUUUAUUACAAGUUUUACUUCAUUAAUUUUAUUUGCAUCAUUAUAAUCAUAUAAUCCAUCAAAGGUAAGCAUUUGAUAUUCAUUAAAUGUUUAUAUAACUGUUACUAAAAAUGAAAACUUUCAUGAUCAUGUUAAAAGAUUUUUGGUCUACACACACAAUGAACAUCAUUUCAUUUUUUUCUUACCUUUUAAUUGUAUGACAUUUAUUUGUCAGGGUAUUUAACUUUUGUAAGUACAUCUGACAGUUUUUAACAGUUUUUUAAUAAGUUUGUUAUUGCUUUUACUUUAAAAUACAAAAGGAGGGGGUUGUACUAUCUUCUUAAAUAAAUUUUACAAAAACAGUCUGCUUGUUUCUGAAUUUGAUACUUAUUUUUGAAAAUGGUAAUCAAAGUUGGCUUCCAAGGUCAUGCAUUUUGCAGUCUGGAUAGAUGCAGAAUUUGAAAAAGUUUUACAAACACAACCCAGAGCUAUAUAUUUAAUCAUUACAUGUACAAGAAAUUCUUAGUCCUGAGACCUGCAGUGUUACAUUACAAACUGUGUACAUGUUUUAUUUUACCUGAACUGAACUAAAAAGGUAGUUUUAUUAAUUUAUUUGAUUGUGGGAUCUUACAGAUGGAAGAGUAACAGAACCUUGAGGUUUUGUAUAAAGCUGUGUGUGUAAUAAAUGUUAAUUUUUCUAAAUUUAUCAUGGCAGUUUGGAAGCAUAACCAGUAUUUCAGGGGAUGUAUACCGACAUUACAGUGUGCUUCAUAUACUAUGCAGCUCAUUGUAGAACUAUAUAUCUCAAUGUGACAUUUUCAUGCUGUUGUCAUGAGGUACUAGCAAUGCACAUGGAUAAGUAUUUGAUUUUACAAUAUGUUUGCAACUCUGUUGUACUUUAUACCUGUGCAUCUUUUAUGCAUAACCAUUCAGCAAUAGUGUCAAUUAUACAAUAUCAGCACAUAUUUUAUCUGAUUGACUAAAAUGUUGAUAUUAAGACUGCUUUGGUUUAUCGUUAAAGUAUUCAUGCAUAAUGUAAAUGUGGACAGACGGAUGUGUUGGUGAGCAGCUGCAUGCAGAUAUUGCAUGUUUUCUUGUAUAGCUGUUCUCACAAGAAGAAAAAAAAUGACACCAUUAAUGCCUAUAAAACAUACCAGGAAUAACCAAAGCUGCUGCAAACAUUUUUAUGACACACCUUUUUUCAAAUCAGUUGAAGAAGAAGUGCAAUUGUAUUAUUGGUAUUAACCAUUCUCUUCCAACAUUUCUGAGUCUCAGCAGUGGCUUUAUUUAUACAAAAAUUAAAAGACUUUUAAAAAAAA